CUUUUGGGUUGUGAGCGGGCUUUCCAUCCUUCUUCCGCCCAUUUGGAUCGGAGAAUGAGGGGUUGGAUGAGACGAGCAAGGGUUGAAUUCAUUGGUGUUUGAUGGAGGGAUUGGGGAUUAUUGAUCCUGCUAUUCGGUUUCGAUCGAUGAAGAUGGGGUUUAUUGAAGGAGCCGGGAGGUCGCCGCCGGCGUUUGGGAAAGGGCGGCCGGUGAGGGUGCCGGCGGGGAGGGGAGGAGGAGGUGGGGAUGGGGAUUGUCGGAUCUGUGCGGCGGCUGGGGACCUUUGGGUGAGGGUUGCUGGUACUGAGGGCGGUGGAGAAUUCGUUGGCCAGAUCGGCGGGUUUAGCCAUGAGAGUGAGCAUGAUUUGGCGAUGAUGGUCAGUGAUUUCCUGGAGAACGGGAGUGGUGGAGCGGAGUCGAGGUACAGCAGUGAUAGCGAUUCUGGGUAUACGGAUCUCGGCCAGCUCGCUGAGACGGUUUCGUUAUAUAAGCAUGCAAUGGAUCAACAUGAGUGCAAUUUGUUGUCAACUGUUCAUUCUCUUCUGCUCUCUAUGAACGAGACUGACCUUCAUUAUGCGAAGGAGGGACAAUGCAAUGCCAGCUGCAUUCGACAAUUUCUUGUAAAGCUUCUGAGACUCUCUGGUUAUGAUGCUGCUGUAUGCACAUCCAAAUGGCAGGGCAGUGGCAAAGUUCCCGGAGGUGAUCAUGAAUACAUUGAUGUGAUUGUCAAUGGCAAUAUUGGAGGUUCGGAUCGCUUGAUUGUUGACAUUGACUUUCGGAGCCACUUCGAAAUAGCACGCGCUGUUGAAUCUUAUGAUGCAAUCUUGGCUUCUCUCCCAGUAGUCUAUGUUGGUUCCCAGGCCAGACUAGAACAAUUCUUGCAAGCCAUGGUUGAAGCAGCCAAAUUUUCUCUUAAGCAGAAUUCCAUGCCAUUGCCUCCAUGGAGAUCACUGGCUUAUCUGCAAUCUAAGUGGCAUUCUAAGUACGAAAGAAACCACGGCAGUGAUAAACCUGCAAGACCUGGCUGCAGCUCUUCUCAUCACAAACAGUGCAUCGGACAUUUAAGGAGGUUAAGAGGAUCACUCCAGUCGGAAAUCGAAUCUGAUCGGUUAUUGAAACCCAUAAAGAAUGACAAGAACCGGAGAGUAAAAUUCGACAGGCGACGACCGUCCUUACUCAGCAGCUAACAGAUAUGUAUAGAUUCUUUUUACAAGGAGGUAACUCGAUUACUUGAGGAAAAAUAUAGCAAUAAUUCACACGAUUGCUUCUUCUUUUAAUACACGAAUAUAUUCAUUUCCUGUACUCAAUAAGGUGGAACCGAAAAAUCUCACAAGGUUCUUCCAUUCGGCACAUUACAGAUACCACACCAAUUUUUUUGAGUAAUCUUUCCCUUUGCAAUACAAGACAAAAAAUUUUGAGCGAAAGUUCUCUUAUCAGCACCAAACUUCAAAUGUUCUUCUCAAUGUAUCAUGAUCAAGUAGUGAUUUCUGCAUCUUUUUUUGUUCCCUUUUAUCCAGUAUAAUGAUAUGGUUUGCACAUUAUGUUU